UUUUUGACAUACAUGGUGUUUUUAUGGAGGCUAGGAUGUACACUGGCCCGUAACGCCGUAAAUUUGUUCUGCUCUGCUCUGAGUUGCCCAGUGGCAUAAGACUCCACCGUAUUAGCUACCAUUUCUCCCCUAUAUAACGAGUGGACUGCGAACGCAGCUGCUGGAGAUAUGAAACAACAGCUAGCAACAGAAAUUGACCUGAAAUCCAAUACUUCGCAAGCUAUGGUGCACCUUCGGGGCGCCGACGGGCCCAUCGAAUCGCCACAAUGGCCCAUGGAAGCCGCCGACAAGUGUCAGAAGUUUACUUCGCCGCAGCAACCACUUGUCUUCGACGCCGCGUUCAUGAGCCAACAAACAGAUAUACCUUCCCAAUUCGUAUGGCCUGAAGAGGAAACACCAAAGUCGGACGCACAGGAGGAGCUCUCCCUUCCCCUCAUCGACCUUGACAUGUUCUUCGCAGGCCGGCCCGAGGACGAGGCCGAGGUGGCACGGCUUGUAGGGGAGGCCUGCUCCACGCACGGGUUCUUCCAAGUUGUGAACCAUCGCAUCGAUCCCACGCUCCUAGCCGAUGCCCACCGAUGCGUUGAAGAGUUCUUCUCGAUGCCGCUAAGCGAUAAGCAGAAAGCGCAGAGGUAUCCCGGGGAGUGCUGCGGCUACGCUAGCAGCUUCACCGGCCGGUUUUCCUCCAAACUACCCUGGAAGGAAACCCUCUCCUUCCGUUUCUCUCCUUCUUCCCCCUCCAUCGUCCACAACUAUUUUGUCGGCAAACUCGGCCAAAAUUUUCGAGACUUCGGGGAAGUGUACCAAAACUACUGCGAGGCGAUGAACACACUGUCGCUGAAGAUAAUGGAAAUACUUGGAAUAAGCCUCGGCGUUGGCCGCGCACGCUUUCGUGACUUCUUCCAAGGCAACGAUUCGAUAAUGAGGCUCAACUAUUACCCGCCAUGCCAGAAGCCGGUGCUCACGCUGGGGACCGGACCGCACUGUGACCCGACCUCAUUAACUAUUCUCCACCAGGACGACGUCGGCGGCCUUCAGGUUUUCUCUGACGGCAAGUGGCGCACCGUCAGCCCCAAAACUAACUCCUUUAUCGUUAACAUAGGCGACACUUUCAUGGCACUGUCCAAUCAGAGAUACAAAAGCUGCCUUCACCGUGCGGUGGUAAACAGUCAGAAGCCGAGGAAAUCGCUGGCUUUCUUUCUCAGCCCGGAGAUGGAUAAGGUGGUGAGGCCACCGGGAGAGCUUGUUGACUCGAACAACCCGAGAGUUUAUCCGGACUUCACCUGGUCGGCCCUUCUUGAGUUCACUCAGAAGCAUUAUAGGUCCGAUAUGAACACCAUGGACGCAUUCUCCAAGUGGAUUCAGAAGGCCAUUAUAAACUAAAUUUUACGCUUUCUUUUCCCUUUUUUUUGUUUAUGUUUCUCCUUUUUAUUCACCAAUAUAUGGUGUCCGACUAGUUAUGAACUAGCAUCUAGAAGAUUGCAAAUAUAAAUAAAUAAAGAAAAUUUCUUGAUAGCUCGCAAAUUGUGCUCAUG